GGCGCGACACGUGAGCCAAUGUCCACAUCAAUUAAUUGAGUAAGUGGAGUUGGGAACCAGACUAUAUGAUGACAGAUCAGACAUACAUAAUGCAUUGCUGUCCGAGUCUGAAGCAACAUAUAAUCCCUUAGAUUCGCUCUAUCUGGUUAAAACACACCUGUACACUUGCAACCCUUCCCAAUAUUCUCUUCCUACCCCUCGAUCAGCAUGACUCCCCAGAUCCAGGAAGAUAUCUUGAUCAUUGGCGCUGGGCCGGCUGGAGGAGCCUUGGCAGCUUUUCUUGGCCAGAAUGGACUGAGCGGACUUGUGAUAUCCAAAGACUCUUCCACGGCUUUUACACCAAGAGCCCACGGGUUCAAUCCAUUUGCCUUUGAAUGCCUCCGCGAUAUUGAUCUUGAGGAAGAAGGGCUUCGAUUAGCGAUUCGUGGCUCUACCGCUCUUUCUAUGCGCUUUUCAGGAAAUCUGAUAGGGGAGAGAGAGUAUGGACGUGUCUCAGCAUGGUCAGAGCAUCCAGCUAGUGCGGCUCGAGUGAAAGAGACGACUCCAUGCGAAUACGUUGACCUGACUCAACGUCAUGUCGAGCCACUCCUCCUCCGAUAUGCUUCACACCACGGCUUCAGACAUCGCUUCUCGACAGAACUCAUUGGAAUAGAGCCCAUCAGUGACGAUCUUGGUACAGGAUAUCUCUGUACUAUUCAAGACCACAUUACGAACUAUCACUUCAAGAUCCGUGCCAAGUAUCUCUUCGCUGCAGAUGGAGGACGAAGCCACGUAGCUCGCUCCUUGAAUUUCAACUUCUCAAUCACCCCAGGAGGGCCCAAGGCCUGCAACGUUCUGAUCAAAGCCGAUCUCGGCCAUCUUUUAGUAGAAAAGAAGUACGCUGCCCUCAAUUGGGUGAUUCAGCCUGACCGCAAGAUUUUCCCCGGAGUUGUUGCCCACUUGCGCGUGGUCCGACCGUGGAACGAAUGGGUCCUCGCUGGGUUUGGACCAGGCGGCACGAAUCCGUUUGAAGGAUUUACGACCGAGAGCCCUGAGAUUGUCGACCUCGUGCGAGAACUGGUUGGAGACAGAACAAUCGAUGUCAAGGUCCUGAAGAUUGAUCCUUGGACCGUCCGUGAAGCUGUCGCGGACCACUACUCGAAGGGCGAUAAUAAAGUCUUCUUGUUGGGUGAUGCUGCUCACCGUCACCCUCCCACGUUUGGUUUGGGCAGCAACACCUGCAUCCAAGACGCGUACAACCUAGCAUGGAAAGUCGCAUACGUCACAAAGGGCUGGGCUGGCCCCGGUCUUCUAGACACUUACAGUCAGGAGCGGCAACCAAUUGGCGCAGACCUUGUACGCGAGUCUAAUAACCAACUUCGUCAUAACUCAAAUAUUUGGGAUGUCUUGGGAAUGGUCGGAUCUCGCGAAGACGGAGUCAAGAAGCUGGAGGAGCUAACGCAGCCGACGAGCGCAGGUUCAGAUCGCCGAGAAAGACUGCACGAGGUCCUAGAGCACAAGAGGCAGGAGUUGGAGAGUGUUGGUCUGGCCUACAACCAUUGGUACACCUCAAGUGCGGUGUAUUUGGAUGACGAGGAAAGCCCUAGGCCGACAUUGGAGGGAGAUCAAAUUGUUGAGGUACAGAUCAGCACGUAUCCUGGCAGCCGACUACCUCAUGUCUGGCUGGACAUGUCGUCGCGCUCCAAUCUGAUAUCCACACUUGAUCUCGCUGGGAAAGGAUCCUUUUGCCUACUGUUCGGGGUUGGUGGAGAAGCUUGGAGAGCUGCGGCUCAAAGAAUCAGCAGUGCCACUAAUAUCCCUAUUGUCAGCUAUGGCAUUGGCCAUGGACUAGAUUAUAUGGAUAUCCGCCGCGACUGGCGUUCUAAGCGGGGGGUUGCUGAAACUGGUUGUGUGCUUGUUCGACCUGAUAGAUUCGUUGCUUGGAGGUCGACGGGACAGCCUGGAAACUGCGAGGAAAAGCUGAUGCAUGUACUAGAUAAAGUGCUGUUUAGGGAAGCUAGUCAUAAGUAGGUACUGUCUAUAAGCCGAUGACUUCGGUUGUGGUAGCAUACUCC